UUCUCUUCACAGAUUCUGUCAAAUUUUAAGAGCAAAUGCACCUUACAGCUCAUGGAAGAAAAAACACAAAUCAAGACAUUUUGGGGUUCCAAGUUGCCAAAGUAUGGAACAAAAUCUGUAGGAAGUACAUUGCAGCCAAUGCCAAAUGGGACACCUGUUAAUUUAUUAGGAACUUCCAAGAAUAGUAACAUCAAAAGUUACAUCAAAAAUAAUGGCUCUGAUUGUUUAUCAUCUCAUUCAUUUAAUUGGAGAAAAGCAAAUAAAUACCAGCUUUGUGCACAAGGUGCCGAAGAGCCUAACAAUACUCAAAAUUCACAUGAUAAAAUAAUUGAUCCCGAAAAACAUGUUACUACUCAAAGACUGUUUGAUAAAAAUGGGAUAAAGGAAAGUUUGAAAAGUGCUUCGUUAUUCACAUCAAAGUUAGCAAAGCCAUCCACUAUGUUAGUGUCAUCUACAGAGGAGUUAAACCAAAAGUCUUUUUCUGGACCAUCUAAUUUGGGUAAAUUUACCAAAGGCACAUUAUUAGGAAGGACUUCAUAUUCUUUGGUCAAUACUCCAAAAUCACAGUUGAAUGGAUUUUAUGGAAACCAGUCAGCUAGUAGCAUGCAAAGUCCUAGAGCAAACUCCUGUGCCACCAGAAGCAGUUCUGGUGAAAGCUUAACUCAAUCCCUAGACAGUAGUAAAUCUAUUAAUUGUGAAGAAAUGGUAAGGUCACAAAGUUUUUCACAUUCCAUUCAGAAUUCAUUCCUUCCACCUUCAUCUAUAACCAGAUCACAUUCCUUUAAUAGAGCUGUGGAUCUUACAAAGCCUUAUCAAAACCAACAGCUAUCCAUUAGAGUGCCUCUACAGUCAAGUAGGCUAAUAAGAAAUUCCCAGCAGUCAGAAGUACUCAAUGGGAAUGAAUAUUUCGGGUAUGGAUUUAAUAGGCUUUAUACUGUUGGUGGAAAGAAGUUGGCUUUACCAAAUGGUCCAGGUGUAACUUCUACUUUAGGCUAUAGAAUGGUUCGUCCCUCUCUCCUGAAAUCUAGCUGAUCUCCAUUUUCUGGGACUAUCACAGUUGAUAGAAAUAAAAAGUCACUUGCUAACACAUUUGUAGAGGAAGAUGCUACAGUUUUGGCUAGGGACAGAGGUACCAAUAAGGACCAAGAAGUGAUUGAAAAGGAAAGUUACAGAACAAAAAACCAGACCAUGAAACAUGAUACUAAAAUGAGAUACCUGAGUGAUGAUGUGGAUGACAUUUCCUUGUCUUCUUUGUCAUUUUCUGACAAGAAUGAUUUAAGUGAAGACUUUAUUGAUGAUUUUAUAGAUAUAGAAGACUCUAACAGAACUAGAAUAACACCAGAGGAAAUGGCUCUCAAAGAAGAGAAAUGUGAAAGUGUGCCACCACAGGAUAUAUUCCCCAAGGAAAAUGAAAAAGCCCUCAGUAAAACCAAUGAAUGGAUAGAUAUAAGUGUCUCUGGUAAAGAUUACUAA